UCCCAUAGGUUGGGUGGUGCGCACCCCUACUGUACCCUACGAUAUGUAAAUAGCCUACUAUACAUCGCCAACACUAGAGAGACGAACUCUUCAGUACCUGCGCUUCACCUUGGUUCCUGCUGCAUAAUAGUCAAAAGCAGUAUUGGGCCCUACGUGAACUGCGAAUCUCAGUGUCAUCUUGGGCGCCGCCAAGUCCACGCAUUCGACUCACAGGACCUCAUCGACGUCUACAUCCCAGACGGUCCUGAGACUAUCAUCUACCACCCUGCGCCAGAGCCUGAGCCUGAGGAGGGUGAGGGUGAAAAAGGAGUCUCGGAGUCCGAGUCCGAGGAUUCUGUUGGGUCCGCCUCGCCGACAGCGCUCGCCCCCGCGUCAGCAGUCCCUGACGUACGUGACACCACCGCCGAACUUCCUUUGGCGCCUUCACCGCCGACUCCGCCGAGAGGCCGCUCGAGCACUCACUCCUCUCGAAGUUCGACCAGCGGAAGGCCACCACAGCCGCCUCCGCCCCCGCAGCGUCCUCCGUCCCCCCCAACGCCGAUAAUGUCCUCCCCUGCAGCCGCCCCCGACAAGGAGACCCUGAAGCUCCUCCUCCCCCUCCGCUAUGACGGCAAAACCGUCAUCGAAUGCGACAGGUUCCUGUCGCAACUUCACAUCUAUUGGUUGAUCAACACGUCGUUGACGACCAUUGAACUCAAGGUGCAGGUUGCACUUAGCCUGCUCAACGGAGAUGCCCGCGCCUGGGCCACUUCAUACUUCGCCCAACUCGCACCAGUGCAGAUGGGUGUA